AUGAUUAGGAUCUUGCGUUGGGGGGAGGAUAGAUGUUUGGAUGAUUUGCAUGGUAAUUUGGGAAAGCUGGCAGUAUUCUGGAUGUUUAAGGCUUUCUGGGUGUGGACAGUAAGUUUGCCUGUCACAGUGUUUAAUUCAAGCUCAAGAAAUCCAUCUCUCCAUGCUGUGGACAUAAUUGGCUGGAUUAUGUGCUCAGUGGGUUUUUUAGUUGAAGCAACAGCUGAUCAGCAAAAAUUAGUAUUCAAAAACUCUCCAGAAAAUAGAGGGAAAUGGUGCAAUGUUGGACUCUGGCAAUACUCUCGUAAUCCCAACUAUUUUGGCGAGAUUCUCCUCGGGUGGGGAAUAUUUGUGGCUUCCACACCAGUACUAGAAGGUGCCGAGUGGCUUGUAAUCUUUGGGCCAAUCUUCCUCACAAUGUUGCUUCUUUUCAUCCGUGGCGUAGCAUUUGUUGAGUUAGAUGCAGAUCAGAAGUUUUGGCUUGUACUUGAAUAUAGACUUUAUAAAAGAAGAACUAGCCCGCUAAUUCUACUGCCACCAUCUGUAUAUGAGAAUUUGCCCUUUUGGUUCAAAGCAACUUUUCUCUUUGAAUUUCCUGCCUUCAGUUGUAGUCUUCCACAACAAGGGUUAAACUGGUACGAGCAAGAGGGAGAGAAAGCAGUGGAGCAAAUGGCGUAGAAAGCAGCAGAGCAAGCGGGGGAGAAAGCAGUGGCGGAUUGGAGAUGCAUUAGUGCACAACGAUUCUUUGACUUGCAAAGUUUCAUUUCUUUGUACUCCUUUUAUAUGGUUCAUUAGUGUUUGAUCUUCUCAAUGGAAACUAUGAUGAAAUGGAAUUCUGAAUUGCUAAUUUUAAAGUUGUCCUGUUAUCCCCAAUAAGGAUCAUUGUAAAGCAUGUAGAUAUGCAUGAUUGGUUGAUUGUGCAAG